AUGGGGAUACAUAUAAUAUUUAAGUAUUGAGUUCACGUGAUGGACUUUGACUAUCAAUAUUGGAUUAACGGAUAUAAAGAGCUUGGCUUCGAUGAAAAUAGCAUCAUUAGCGCAUUUAAGCUUAGAAAGCCACAUGAAGCGCUUGUCUUUUUGCUUAAAGGGCCUGAAAAUUUAAAAAAUUAUUUUCUUAGUGUAGGUCAUAGUGAAGAAGAAAUCAAAACUCUUACUCCCCCCUUCUGUAAGUGAACAAAAAAAUUUUGUUCAUUCACUUAAGGGUCUUAAUUUUUUUUAAAAAUUUAUAUAUAUAAAUUUAAUACAUUUUUUUUCGAAAUUUAAAAAUUCCAAUUCGCGAAAAUUCGAAUGAAAUUAUUUUUAAUUUGUAAAUUUAUUCCUAAAGUGCAAAUUGUUUAAAUUUAAUUAGAGAUUUCAUUAUAUUAAUUAUCACUUUUAUAUGAAGAACUUUGUUUCAUAAAAGCUUUUUGUUCGCUAAAGUAGGGUGUUUUUUUGUGCAAAAUAUAGAAAUUUUUCCCAAUAAUUUUGUUCGCUCACGGAAGGGGGAGUUAGCCAGGAUUAUGUAGAGCAAAAAGCUAAGUAUAUCCCUGAUAUUUUUACAUUAAACGAAGAGGAUUGCCUAAACUCACAAUUUUUUAUUAAAGAAAAAGCAUUCAAAAAAUAUCAGAAGAACUUUAUAAAAGAUAUAAAAAUCAAAUAUUUUCAAAGCAAGCUUGAUGCAACCUAUAAAAAACAAAAAUCUAAUCCAUUAAUACUCAAAAAUAAAUCAGGAAAUAGUGUGGAAGAUCAUUCAUUAAUUGAAAUCCCUGCAAAAAGGUCAAUUAAUUUAAACCACGAAGACAAUGAAGAACCAAUUUCAAAAGCUUCUAAAGUAAAUGAGAGUGAUAUAAGAGAAGAGGUAGUAAGAAAUAAAAUCUUUGAAGAAGAAAUGCAAGCUAAGAACAAUUCUCUUAUAAACGAAAAUUUUAUUUUGAAGCAUGGCGUGGCAAGACUCCAAAGAAUGGUUUCAAAACUUUCUGGCUCAGAUCGACAAGUGAAAAAAUUAUUAGAGGAAAAUAAAGCGCUGAAACUGAAGCUAGCUGGAGCUGAAGAAGAAAAAAAAGCAAUGAGGGCUCAAAUUGAGGAACUGAUCAAAGAAAAAAAUAAAACGCUCUUAUAA